GGGGGGGGGUGAAGAGAGUUGAAUGAUUGAACUUUCUUGUUUAGUUUCUGCAGCGCUGAGGUUUUCCCCCCCAGUCCAGUCCAGCACCAGAUCGGUGCACGGGAGCUUAUCCGGACGUCUCUUGCUCUCUGCGGCACCCCCUUCUUCUCCUCAGCACCCACCCACCGCACGGCGAUGGUGCUAAAGGAUCCCGCCGUGUCUCUGACCCUGUUCCUUUGGAUUACGGCUUCCUGGGGCUGCCUGGCUGCAGCUGCCGGGGUUGCUGCUGCUCGCAAGCAGGACGAGUCUUUCUCCACGGUCAGUGUCUACAGAGCCAGAUGCACCUCCAGGUGCCUGAGCCUGCAGAUCACUCGCAUAUCUGCCUUCUUCAAGCAUUUCCAGAACAAUGGCUCCCUUGUUUGGUGCCAGAAUCAUAAACAGUGUUCAAAGUGCCUGGAGCCCUGCAAAGAAUCUUGGGACUUGAAGAAAAACCAUUGCCAAAGUUUCUGUGAGCCUCUUUUCCCCAAGAAGAACUAUGAAUGCCUAACUAGCUGUGAAUUCCUCAAGUAUAUCCUGUCAGUGAAGCAAGGAGACUGCCCAGCACCUGAGAAGGCCAGUGGUUUUGCGGCUGCCUGCGUUGAAAGCUGUGAGGCUGACAGUGAAUGUUCUGGGGUGAAGAAAUGCUGCUCCAAUGGAUGUGGACAUACAUGUCAAGUACCAAAAAAUCUGUACAAAGGUGUUCCAUUGAAACCCAGGAAAGAAUUAAAAUUCACAGAACUUCAGUCUGGACAACUGGAGGUUAAGUGGUCUUCAAAAUUCAAUAUUUCAAUUGAGCCUGUGAUCUAUGUGGUGCAGAGGAGAUGGAAUUAUGGAAUCCAUCCCAGUGAGGAUGAUGCUACCAGCUGGCAAACGGUGGCACAGACUACAGAGGAGAGAGUACAACUGUCUGACAUAAGACCCAGCAGGUGGUACCAGUUCCGAGUGGCAGCUGUUAAUGUGCAUGGGACAAGAAGCUUCACAGCACCCAGCAAGCACUUCCGCUCCUCUAAAGACCCAUCUGCUCCACCAGCCCCAGCUAAUCUCAGAAUUGCCAACUCCACUACAAAUAAUGAUGGAAGUGUAACUGUAAGGAUUAUUUGGGAUCUCCCAGAAGAACCUGAUAUCCCAGUUCAUCACUACAAAGUCUUCUGGAGCUGGACAGUCAGCAGCAAGUCUGUCAUCCCAGCUAAGAAGAAAAGAAGGAAGACUACUGAUGGGUCCCGAAAUUAUGUGGUCCUGGAAGGACUGCAACCCAACAGCAACUACAUGGUGGAACUGCAGGCAGUAACAUACUGGGGACAAGUACGACUAAAAAGCGCCAAGGUGUCUCUCUAUUUCAGCUCAACUCAAACAACUAUUAAUAAAGAACAGACCUCUCCAAUUGGGAAAAUGCGGAAAGGACUAGCUGAUCCUCUUCCACCCUUUCAAAGAAGGAGACCGGCUCGGCUUCUUGAAAUUGGAGCUCCUUUCUAUCAAGAUAAUCAGCUUCAGGUCAAAGUCUACUGGAAGAAGACAGAAGACACUAGUAUGAGUCGAUAUCACGUCCAGUGGUUCCCAGAAUCCUGUGUGCACAAUGAAACUAAAGGGCCUGAAAAAGCAACUGGCCUGACCUAUGAAAACUACAUAAUUCUUCAGGACCUGUCAUUUUCAUGUAAAUAUAAAGUGACCGUUCAGCCAGCAAGAUCUAAAGGUCGUUUGAAGGCUGAAAGUAUUUUCUUUACCACCCCACCUUGCUCUGCUCUUAAAGGAAAAAACCACAAGCACAUUACUUGUCCUGCUGAAGGAGCAUCAGUUCUCCCUAAAGUGCUGGCCAAACCCGAGAAUCUAUCUGCCUCUUUCAUUGUUCAGGAAGUAAAUAUUACUGGUCACUUUUCGUGGAAGAUAUCAAAGGCAAAUCUUCAUCAGCCCAUGACAGGGUUUCAAGUCACCUGGGCAGAGGUUACUACAGAGAGCAGGCAAAACAGCUUACCCAACAGCAUCAUUUCCCAAUCACAGAUACUGCCAGCAGAUCAUUAUGUGCUGACUGUCCCCAACCUGAGGCCAUCAACGCUUUACCGAUUAGAAGUGCAAGUGCUGACAACAGGCGGGGAGGGGCCAGCCACAAUAAAAUCUUUCCGAACACCUGAUCUGCUGCCAUCUUCACCCCACAGGCCUCAUCUGAAACAGCACCAUCCACAUCACUACAAGCCACCCCCAGAAAAAUACUAGACUGCUUCAGAUGAUUAAACGAAUAACUGAGAGAAAAACUGAGCUCCCACAAGAAGACCAGAAAAAUGCACAUCUGUAGGAACAAUGAAUCAAUUUUUUCCAGUGGAAGUUAUCAUCCUGUAUGAUUUGUAGCCACUUCUACAUAGUUUAAGCAUGAAGAAUAAUAUUUGUACCCAUGCCAGGAUGAAAUGUACAGCAACUAUCAUGAAGUACCACCCCUAUUCUGCUAACUGAAGAUUGCAUCCAAUUCAACACAUCUGAGAAAAAUCAAAUGUAUGUUUGUUGUAAUAACAUUUUGUUUCCUAGGUUUAAAGUAGAUGGAAGGGGUGCAGUGAGUAACAGAGGCUUUUGUUUUGCUAAUCUUUAUAACAAUAUCUGAGACAUUGUUCUUUUAUGUAUACAUAGCUUUGAAAGCCAGAGGGCAGAUCUUCAGCUGGUGUAAAUUAGCAUCUCUCAGUGGAGCCGAGCCAAUUUACAUCAGCUAAGCCUGUACAGUAAAUAGUUUGCCAUUAAAGGAUAUCUCCAUUUACCUAAAAUAAGUGCACAACCGAAUAAGUAGGAAUAACAGAUGCAUACAGUUCAGUCUGCAAUGGAAACUACUAUUAACUCAACAACAAAAGUAGAUCGUGCUUGCUGAUGUAUUUUCUUAGUAAUAUAUCUAUAUUUUCUGUGGAAAUGGUAUCAUGAAGCUCUCUCCUUAAUAAAAUGUGUUAACAAGGGAGAUUUUCAAAGGCACAAAUGGCAGUUAGGUGCCUAACUUCCACUGAUGUUCUAUAGUAGCUGGACACAUGCCUUUGAAAAUCUCUCCCAAUUAUUAUUAUUAUUAUUUUUUUAAAUAUUUUGAAGGGAACCCUGUAUUUUCCCUGUUAGAGAACUAAAUAGGGAAUGGUCACAUUUUAGACAUGAAAAUUCCAAGGCUUAUGUUAUGUUUGGGGUUUCUUUGGCUUUUUGAUGUGCAUAUCUAUUUUCCCCAAGGAUCUUUUGAACAGCAGAAUGGAUGUGCUGGCUACAUGGUACUCCGGUCAUAGAAUUGUGACAAUACAUUGAUGUCUGGAAGUCAUUGGCUUAUAAUUUGACUGACUUUUUCAAAUUCAGGCAUGAAGGGCACCCUGUUCCUUAAUCAUAAGGGAAUGCAAAUGAGCUUCUUGUGCAAUGUAAACAGGAAGAGUAAUUUGCCACACAGAGAGAGUCUUUAAUAGUAAAGAGAAACUGCUUGGCUUUAUAAUCAGAAUGAUGGAAAAUUUGUCUCUACACAUGGUGACCAUACAAAUAAUCCAAAAAAUUGCUGUCUCUGCGUUCUCUUGUACAGAUUCUGUUACACAUCUUUAAAUGAGAAUAAUACAUAUCAAGCUUUCUGUAACUUGAAAUUGACAAAUAACUUCAUGGAAUCCCCCAACAACAAGUGCCACAAAAACAAACAAACCCCAAUCUGACUACAGAUAAAGUUUCUGUACUCAACUUCUUCCUAAGAUACCCUCAGAAGGGAAAAUACUCCUUGUCACAACAACAAUAAACAUUCUGAAGAACACCAAAUAAAAAGAUAACAUAUCUGUGCUUGAAACUGAAAGAAAAUGAUUAUGCUCAGUAUACCAUGGCACAGAAGAAAUUCAAAUACAGAUCACCUGCAUUGAAAAGGUUUGACCAGCUGAUGUUACCAAGAGUCAAGAGCCCCAUUGCAAUUUCUGACUAGUUUGUUCAUUCAGUUUUUCCAGUAUUUGAAUAUUUUUUUUAAAAGACAACUCAGAGAUUAUUGCAUUAAUUCUGCCAUUCUCUUUCUAUUUUUCCUGAUACUUGCUCCAUGGGUGCAUAUAUCAAAAAGGUAACUCCACAAAGCUGUCUUUAGGGUACAAGUCUUGGGCCUUGGAUAAUUACUUCACAAGGUAUUAAGGGCUGUUCAUGCUUUGGAGCUAAAAAACAAACAAACAACCUCCCCCCCCCCACCAUACCAUAACUUCUCUUCCCUAUUACAUAAUGUGAGCAAACUUUGAAGGGAACUGUAACUGACAGAAGGUCAACUAUUUUCACCCAGCUGAAAUCUGACAUGCAUCUAGGUACACACAUCUUCAGAAAUAAAUUACUAUGUAAUUUGAAUAGGACCAAUGCAUGGCACCACUUAUAUAUUUAAAUUACAUAGGACAUAAGUAAGGCUAGGAAAGUGCUCUGGAGUUAGAUUGUGACACCUAAUUCCCUUAGGCUUCUCUGAAAACUUCAGCAUAAAUAUUUUUACAGACUCUAUUCUCUGUAGCGCUCGACUAAAUCUAGAAUAAAUUGACUGAUGUUAAUAAAGUUAUGCUGAAAUCACAUUGAUAUAAGUGAGUGCAGAAUUUGUCUCUUUGUCUUUUUGAAAUCCAGUUUCAAUGACAAACCUUGGAUUCAAGAAGAUAGAACUUGGCAAAUUAACAGCUCUUGAUUAUUAUAUGAUAGGUCUUGAUUGUUGAGUGGAAUGCCAUAUUCCUCCAAAUGGUUUGAGCUGCUUGCUAGAUUUGUUACUUUUUCUUAAUUGGCUGUUUCAGGAGGAGACUAAAGUUCAUUAAAAUAUUUAUAAAAUAGUCUGGAGGUUUUUAUAUAUUUAUAUAAAGGUAAAUUAUUUAUUAUAGGACCAAUCAGCCUAACUCAGGCAAAACAGUCUUCGAAGAACUGCUAUUGAGUUUCGCCUGAGUAAGGCCAGCAGGAUUUGACUCUCUAUAUCUUGGAGAUAAAGGUGAAGGGCUUGGGAGUGGAAUGAAUAGAUUGUGGUUUAUAAACAGAUGAUUAAGACUUUAAUCUUGCUCUUUAAUAAUCAGUUUCUCAACUCAACAUUCAGCUAUAGAAAUUUCAUGGGAAUAAAUUAUCCUGAAAUCAUAAGAGUCAACCAAACCAUCAACACAUGGGGCAUUAAAUGAUAUUUUAUUUGUUCUUAAAUACCAGCCAUUUUUCAUAUAAUUAUUUUAAUUUAACAUCAUACAUUUGAAGACUUUUAUGCCUACAUCCAGUGCGAGUUAGGCACCUCAGUACCUUGAGGAUGUGGGUCUUAGUGUCUAAUUCAUAAACCGUCAUUUACUGAAUUGUACAGGUUUUAUUACAGUUAAUCUAAUUUGACUGGUCUAAAUCAUGCUAACAUUGCAAUCAGCAAUGGAGUUUGAAAUCACUACUUGAGAUUUUUAGUUAAAGAUUUUUUUCUCAGUUCCUCAGUAAUAAAGAUCAAAUAUGGAUAGUGGGAUAUUUCUAGGUACACUGCACUUUUACACCCAUAUAUUACUAACUUACUUAGCAUACUAUUCUGAUUGAUUUAUCAGUUAAAUCCUGGAUGACAUACAUUUUGUUUGCUAAUGGAAAAUUAUAGGAUUAUGCCAUUUUUGCUCUAAGAUUUUUUUAUGCAUUUGAAACUAUUUUUUACAUUGAAUGCUGUUUAAGAAUGAGAAUUUUUUUUCUUAUGGCAGUUAAUUUUUGAGCUUUUAAUAGAACAGAGUAAGGACUAGAAAAUAUUUCUAUCUUAAAACUUAAAAGGAGAAAGGUUGUACCAUACUAAUAUGGGUGCUAUGUGGUAUUCCCUGGGAAUAUGAAGGGGACAAGAACUUCUUACAAAUAAAAGGUCUGAACUGCAAGAUACUGAACACCCUCAACUUUCAUAGCAUUCAUCUGUAGUUGAGGGCAUAAUGCAGCAACUCCCAGGUGGCACUAGUACCUUGCAAGAUCAUGCACAAAAUCAAAGAAACACUGGUCUGUUCUUGCACCAUUAAUGCAAAUAGGAAUUUUACCAUUGCCUUCAGUGGAAGCAGGAUUGAGGCUGAAAUAUUCUAUGGGUCUAAUCUGAAUUCCUUUCCUACCCAAGACUCUCAUUGAAAUCAGUCAGAGUUCUGGAUAUAGAGGCCCUGCUUCAGGAAAGCAUUGCUAUUCGGGACAGAAAUUAAGCACACGCUUAACUGCAUUGAUGUUAAUAGGACAUAAGCACAUGUUUAAUUUAAACAUGUGCUUAAUUCUGUCUUGAAUAGGAAUAGAUUUAAGCGUGCCCUGAAGUGCUGUCCUAAAUCAGCGCCUUAAAGAACAUAGGAUAAGGCCCAGACUGUUUUAAAACCCUUAUACAACACUCUUAGAAAAUUGAUUUUUGCCCUAUGUAUCUGUAAAGGUAGCUAUGAUAUUGACUUAUUUAUUAAUUCCUUUUCUUUCCCUGUAUGCCAAGUAUAUUCUGACAUUUUUUAUCAGUACCUGUGAACAUCAAUUACUAUAAAUACUGUUAUGCAAACUUGUGCAUUGUAACCCAGAAUCUGAUGCUAAUAAGCUGUUGCAUGUAGUUUAAGUAAAUAAAUAAAAACUUUAUUUAAAAAUGUAAAUGAAUACCUGCAGAUGUGGAUGAUGGUUAUAUAUGGUUUUGCAUGCCCAAACUCAUUGUUCAGUUAUAGGCAUGAGUGUAAUGACUGUCUUACCUCUACUGAAUAUAUUAGUAAGGUACAAUUUAAAAAGUAAUUAACAGAGGUCUAUAUGUGAAAUAAUUUUUCCUUUUUACUUAAUUAUAUUGUAAUGCAGAGAUGACAGAACUACUUAUCUGUUGUCCAAAUUGGCUGUAGAAAUUAUGUCCCUAUAACUGUCAUUUAAAGUCAAUAUUUAUUUAUGUAUGUAAUACAGAAAGGUUGAUUUUUGUGUAUGUGUGUGUCUGUCAUGUUAUUUAGAGCAAAAAUGCUUCUUGUAAAAACAUUUUGUAAAAAAAAUGUAAUUAUAAAUAGAGUCUGAUAUUCUGUUACUCAGUAUUUUCAUGUUUAGAAUUUGUACAUACUGUUUAAGUAAUAAACUAUCCUUCUACAUGGAAA